AUGGGUGACUCUGAAGCGAAACGACGUCCUCUGAAAGGGCCAGAAGAUGAAGUACUGGCUGCAUAUCUGAGCCGGCACGACGCAGGAUUCUGCAAACUCGCUGAACUGAGGGAAAAGGGAUGGAAUGACCCUCGAGUAGACGACCACUAUCGAAUGCAGCAAGAGCGGGCAGACUUCGCAGAUGAGCGGAGACAAAAAUGGUUCUUCACCAUGAUGCAAGAACUUGGAGCAGAGCUGCAUGAAGCUACAGGAGCUUUCACGCCGAUCUCAUGGUCUUCUGGGAAUCAGCGAGUGGGCGGAUUGUUUCUGAGACAAGAAAACGCAUCAGUGGUGAAGCCUUCGCCAAUCCAGGAUUUGCAGCAAAAUAUGGCGUCUUUGUCAGUACUGGACACGGAACAGUUGAAAGAGAAUGAAGACCUGGGACGGCUGAAGGGCUCGGCAACGGCAUUUAGAAGUGCAGCGAGCAAUAGCUCCGCAACGCAGCCAAAUACGCAAGAUUUGAACAAUGUCAGCGAACGGAAUAGAAUGACGAGCACAACAAGAAACAUGUCAACGCUUUUAAAUCGAGAUAUGCAAGUGUUGGAUCUUUGCAUGGCCCCCGGCGGAUUUGCUGCAGCAGUGUUGAAGCAAAACCCCCGAGCACAGGUUGCUGGCAUCAGCCUUCCGCUAGAAGACGGCGGACAUAAACUGAGAGUGCUGUUUGGCAUCAGGGACUCUCGUGUCAAGGUGAUGUUUCGGGACAUCACAAUGUUGACCGAGGAAUUCGGCAUCAAUGGGAUCCCCGCUGAUCAUCCUGAUUCUGACAAAUUUUUAAAUAUACGUCCCUAUCACGGUCGCACUUUUGAUCUGGUUUUUUGCGAUGGCCAAGUGCUGCGAACCCACAAGCGAGCAUCAUAUCGCGAAAGUAAGGAAGCAAUCCGGCUCACUUGUGCACAAUUGAUUCUUGGGCUGGGCAGAAUCAAGCCAGGCGGGAAUCUGGUAAUGUUGUUGCAUAAAGUAGACGAUUGGAACAGCGCACAGAUUCUUUACACGUUCAGCCAAUUUUCCAGAAUUACUCUCUUCAAAUCCAGCAGAAAACACAAAGAUCGAGGUGCUUUUUACAUGAUUGCGAGCAAUGUGCAGCCCGGUCAUCCCAAAGCUGCAGCUGCAGUGAAGGAGUGGCAACGGGUCUGGCGCGACGCUACGUUCGGAGACAAAACCACUGGUCUAUUGGCAGACUCUUCGGCCGAAGAGAGCGCGCAAACAAAGCCUGCAUUUCCACUUCAACGCGAAGUUACAGUGCAUCAGUUGAUUGAGAUGUUUGGCGAGACCUUGAUAGAUCAUGGGAGACCAAUUUGGAAAAUACAAGCCAAAGCAUUGGCGAAUGCAAGCUUCAUGAGAGAUGCAACCGAUGGUACUCGGAAAGGACGACCGCGAGAAUCACUGAUUGACCAGAAAUGCAAUGAGCACGAAGAGAGCAGCGGUAAAAGCACGUAUUAA